AUGCUAUGUCAGCUCCCAGCAGGACCAAUGCUGGUUAAUACAUCUAGGUGGAUUGAAGGGACAUAUAUGGAUCAUGCUGCUCAUAAUCUUAACCGAAAGAUUUUACCUGUCGGUCCAUUGGUUCAAUAUCCUGCGGCUGCUCCAGAAGGCGAGGAGCAGCAUCAGAAUAUUGAUCUCAUACAAUGGCUGGCAGAGAAAGAAGAACAUUCAGCCGUUUUUGCUUCCUUUGGGAGUGAAUAUUUUUUGACCAAGGAAGAGAUCCUAGAAGUUGCUUUCGGGCUGGAGCUUAGCGACAAUGUUAAUGUCAUAUGGGCCCUAAGGUUACCAAAAGGGGAGGAAAACAGGGUUCAACUUGAGCAGAUUUUACCUGAGGGGUUUUCUAGAGAGAUAUUAGAAGCAAUAGAAUUUGGUGUUCCAAUUCUAGCCAUGCCAAUGAACUAUGAACAGCCUCUCAAUGCCAGGCUGAUGGUGGAAAAUGGUUUAGCUGUGGAGAUCAUGAGAGAUGAAAAGGGAGACUUAUGA